AUGCAGAAUAUCUUCCCCGGGUCUGGUAACAGGGAGGUCACCGAUGGUCCCGACGAGAGUGGUGUCGCCGGAGGGUGGGUGUUGGCCCAAGUGGGCAGGAGGAUGCCUGGCCUGGCAGGUGAGGAAGUGAGCACAACGCAGCCCAAAGGGCUUGGCUAUGAAAAGGGCCAAGAAAGGAGGAUGGCCAAUGGGCAGGAAGCCGAUGGGCGAGGGAAGUCUGGCCAGAACCGCAGGCGGCAUUUAAGGCACUCCCCAAAGUGGGGCAGGUUAAUGGCAGGGAAUGAGGCCUGUGGAGGUUACUUCUCUGCGGGAGUGAAGUGUGCUUCUGAGGCCCUUGAAAAUGAGUCUCUCGUUGCUUCCUACGUGGUCACAUCUGCCACCGUGGCUUCCAGUGCCAUUUUCGAUGAUGCAACACCAGCAAGAAGGGAGGGAGCGCGGGCAAGGUGUAGUGAGAAAUCCACAAACCAAGACACGCCCACACCCAUCGUCUCUACUCGCGUCUCGGGCUUUAGGUGUCCGUGCGGCUUUCGCGGGAUUCCCCCCGCAGGGGCUGAGCGGCCCGUCGUCGGCCUCGAUGCCCUCGGGCGCGCGCGGCGGGGGCCGCGGCUGGAAAGGAGCGCCUCCCGCCCGUCCGGGGCCUUCCGCGGCGGCGCCCCUAACGUUGACUCCGGAAGAGGAGCCGGGGCCGCCCGCGGCAGCCCCCACUCUCCACCGCCGGGAGUCCGAGGAGGGAGGAGCUUGGUGGGGUUGGCGAAAAGGACCGGUCCCGUACCUGCGCUAAGACGUGUUUGUAAUCCAAUGGACACACAGAAAUGCACUGAGGAAAAAAGUCGCAAAGGUCGCGUGAAAUGCCGGGAAGUUAGACAUGAGGCAACGAGAAGAAGACUGUUCUGCAAGGGUUGCGUAACACUUCCGCAUCAUGGGGAGAGUGACCUGUGCUAUAGUGAAGUGCACUUAAGGAGAAUGAAGGAAACCAAGGAUUGCAUUUGCACACCCCACUGCAACCCUAGCAGAAGUAGAAGUAUAGAAGAAUGUGAAGAAGAAAAAGGAGACUUCAGAAAUGGGAUGAUGACUGAAUGCCAUAGGUAUUUGGAACUUCAGAAAAAAGUGCUAUGGGGGCACCUGGGUGGCUCGGUCGGUUGAGCGUCCGACUUCAGCUCAGGUCAUGAU